UAACAAUCAUUCAAUAAUCAUGAUUGAUGAUAAAAAUGAUGCAAUCAUUGUGAAUGGUCAACCAAUGACGUCGACCAAUACCAAAAUGAAUCAUUCUGUUAAUGAUGAUGAUGAUGAUAUCCUUUUUACUGAAUUUAAAUCAAUUCAAAUCAAAAAAUCACUUCAACAAAAUGAUCGAUUAGCACUGAAAACAUUGGCCUGCUCAAACGGUGGAUUUGUUACAAAUGAAUUACGUGUAAAAGUUUGGUGCCGUUUAGCGAAUGUUGAUGAUAAUGAUAAUGUAUUCAAUGACAUUUCAUCCAACAUUCAACGUAAUGAUAAUUAUCGUCAAGUUAUAUUAGAUGUUGAACGAUCAUUGAAACGAUUUCCACCAAGUGUUCAAGAAGUGCAAAGGAUUGCCUAUCAGGAUAAAUUGACCGAAAUAAUCAUUCGAAUAUUGGAUCAUAAUCCCGAUAUGUACUAUUAUCAAGGCUAUCAUGAUGUUUGUUUAACGUUUCUAUUAGUCAUGAAUGAACAGCAAGCUUUUCAUUUGAUCAACACAAUAUCAAGAUCACAUUUACGUUUCUAUAUGGAACGUACAAUGAAUACGACAAGUAAUUUACUUGAAAUUAUCUAUCUAAUCAUACGAGAUGAAGACAAUGAACUAUAUGAUUAUCUUAUACGUUCCGAUGUUGGUACAAUAUUUUCAUUAAGUUGGGUGAUCACCUGGUUUAGUCAUGUAUUGAAUGAUUUGGAUGAUAUAUUACGUUUAUUUGAUCUAUUCAUAUCAACACAUUAUUUGAUGCCAAUCUAUAUGACAGUGGCUAUAUUAAUGUGGAAAAAAUCAGACAUUCUAUGUAUCGACUGUGAUAUGGCUAGUAUGCAUAAAUUCCUUACGGCAAUUCCCAAUGACCAGCAUUCACCAUUACCUAUUGAUCGAUUAGUACUGGAUACAUUGGAACUUUCCAUACGAUAUCCACCUGAAGAUACACUUGAACGACAAAAACAAAUUGAAACAAAUGCUUUAAACAAUGGUAAUGAUAAUAAUCAUAAUAAUAAUAAUAAUGGUGGUGGUGGUCGAUCAUUGUUACGAAUAUCAACACAAUUCCUGAGGGGAAAUAUUUUUUCCAUGGCAUUCAUUGGUUUCAUAUCGGUAAUCGUUUAUCAAUUCUAUUAUGACCAUCUUCAAUGAUGAUUAUGAUGAUGACCAUCGCGAUGGUAUUGAUCUGGCUUGCUGUUUCAUUGGAUGGAUCUGUUUUUUUCUCAUUAGAUGACGCUUGUCAUUUUUUUUGUUGUUUUUUUUUUUUGUGUGUGUUCUCUUUUUAU